GCGCGGCGCUCGCUGAGUGGGCUGUGCGCGCGACUCCCGCUGCGCUCGCCGUCGAUUCCACCCACCGCGCGGAGACGCGCUGAGCUUCGAACCUGCGACGCGCGCCGCCGACGGUCCUUCGUCAGCCGUCAGAGAACAGCGCGGACAUCGACGGGGGAAUAGCGGUGGCAUCGAUCGGCGCCGGUGCACAUCCAUCUGAGGACAUCGCUAGUGGACAUCAGCGAGAGGACAGUGGACAUCAUCCCAUCCGCGAUCGUCGGUGGACAUCGGUGAGAGGACAGAGUGUGGACAUCAGCGAAUAUCAUCAGCAGAGAGGGAUGAACACCAGCGAUGCCAAGGAGUACCUCGCAAGAAGGGAGAUACCUCAGCUCUUUGAGAGCCUCUUGACGGGUCUGAUGUACUACCGGCCUGAUGACCCCAUUGAGUAUCUGGAGAAUUGUCUGAAGAAGGUCAGGGAGCUGGGGGGCACGGAGAAGGUCCGAUGGGACACAUUUGUUGGCCAGGAGAAGAAAUCCCUGCCCCCGCUCAAUGGAGGCCAAUCCCGAAGGUCCUUCUUCAGGAACGUGUUGCCAGAUAGCCCAAGCUUCCCGUACCGACGGUAUGACCGGCUCCCACCCAUCCACCAGUUCUCCAUUGAGAGCGAUUCUGACCUGUCUGAGACAGCGGAGCUCAUCGAGGAAUACGAGGUGUUUGACCCCUCCAGGCCGCGGCCAAAAGUUAUCCUCAUCAUAGGGGGACCAGGUAGCGGGAAGGGAACACAGAGCCUAAAAAUUGCUGAGCGCUAUGGCUUCCAGUACGUGUCAGUUGGGGAGCUUCUCAGGAAGAAGAUGAUCCACAACGCAACCAGCAACAGGAAGUGGAGCCUUAUUGCCAGGAUCAUCACCAAUGGGGAACUGGCCCCUCAGGAAACCACCAUUACCGAGAUCAAGCAGAAAAUCAUGAAGAUCCCGGACGCCAGUGGCAUCGUUAUCGAUGGCUUCCCUCGAGACGUGGGUCAGGCUCUGUCUUUCGAGGAUCAGAUCUGCACCCCAGACUUGGUUGUGUUCUUGGCCUGUUCCAACCAACGACUGAAGGAGCGUCUGGAAAAGCGGGCAGAACAGCAGGGUCGCCCUGACGACAACCCCAAGGCCACGGAGCGCCGCCUGGCCAACUUUAAGCAGAAUGCCAUCCCGCUGGUCAAGUAUUUCCAGGAGAAGGGCCUCAUUGUCACGUUCGAUGCAGACAGAGAUGAAGAGGAAGUUUUCUACGACAUCAGCGUAACCGUCGACAACAAACUCUUUCCGACCAAGGAGCCCAUUGCCGGUCCAAGCGAACUGGACCUGAGCCUCUUGGUGGAGUCCGCCAGCCUUGUGGACAUGUCCUCCGAAUUCGAGGAACAGGCUGAGGAAGAAGUGGCUGGAUUUGUGGAUGAAAACACGGAGGGUUUUCCCGAGGACAUCAAGAAACCGAAGAUCAUCUUUGUGGUUGGGGGUCCGGGUUCGGGAAAAGGGCUGCAGUGCGAGAAGCUGGAGGAACGCUACGGCUACCAGAGCCUCUCACCCGGGGAGCUGCUGCGCCGCGAGCUCCAGGCCGACAGCGAGAGGGGACGCUUCCUGCAGGACGUCCUGGAGAGAGGGGAGCAGAUGCCCGCGGACGCGACAGUGGAGCUGCUGAGCGAGGCGAUGGCGACCGCCCCCGACCCAUGCAGAGGGUUCCUGAUUGAAGGCUUCCCCCGGAGCGUUCGGCAGGCGGACGAGUUCGAAGCCAAGGUCGGCGAGCCCAGCCUGGUGCUUCUGCUCGACUGCUGCUCGGACACCAUGAGCCGCCGCCUGCUGCAGCGUGCUGGGACAGGGAUGGGGACGGUGGCGGCCGGUCCCGGAGAGGCGGAAGGCAGGGACGCCACGCGCAGGAGGGUGGAGAACUACUGCAGCACUGACGAACUCAUCGCCGCCCACUAUGAGCGCAAGAGGAUCCUACACAAGAUUGAUGCGGAGAGGCCUCCUGAUGAAGUGUUCCAGAUGAUUUGCCAGGUCCUGGACUCCUUUUAGAGGUGCCGUCAGGAGAGGAGCCGCCCCCUUAAGGGCCAGGAUGUCCAACUGCUGCUUUUGGGCUCUGUGUCCCUCCCCACCACCAGAGACCUGCUAACUGAGUCAUAACCGCCCUUCGCAGCACCAUAAUGCCAGAAACACCCAGACCGAGGAGCGCGACGCAUGCUUGAGCGAACUGUUGCGGAAGAGCACCCCCUCGAGCCCUCGCCCCACAAGAGCCACACUUAAACGCGUGCCAUCGAACUCGUACCGCUCACCAGCUGCCCUUCCCGUCUCACGACCCGCCGCAUCCUCCUCGCAUCUCCCACCAGAACGCUGCUUUAACGCUCCGACGGAAUGCUGCGACGCACCGGCACGGAGCGUGUAGAACGCCGACCGCCGCCGCCGCCACCACCGCGCUUGUAGGCAACAGCUCUCUAUGUAAACGUUAACACUUAUCUUUAGCAUUACUGCGUAUAGCAAGCAUGUGCACCUGUGUGGAAAAAGUCCAGUUCAGUUAUUCAAUUAAAAACUUUGUCUUUUGCUGCAGGCUUUUCAGCCGGAGGAGUUUCUAUGUAUUUAUCUCUGACAUGUAUAUUAUCUCUAACGUGGUACUCGUUUUACAGCUCUGCCGUUCGCAGGUGAAGCGACUUGGGGGGGGGGAUGAAAAAGGGAUCGCGUUGUUUUUCGAAGGCGGGAAUCUUUGGAAUUAAAUGGAAUUAAAUGUGUGUAGGAGAGAAGGACAACAGACAGGUUGUCUCCGGGACAUACUCGGUGUGUCAGGCCAGCGGCUGCCCAUCCGUGUCUCUGUAAUGCAUGUAACGCACGCAGUGGAUGCCGCCAAAACACCGCAGCUGUUCUGCCUUCUACUCCUGUUGUACUCCUCUUGCACAAGCCAAGACAAUAAAACGCGCGCACCUUUCCUCCGCCUCUGCUCCAUGCUUGAGUGCCCUUUUCUCCGACGGUGACAAAGAGCACCGGUGCGCACGUCCCUUUACGCACUCGGCGAGGAGCUCCUGUCGGACGGCACCCAUUAGGAUGCCGGAAGCCCCCCAGGUUUCGGUAAGGACAACAGCUGAAUGCGACGUCGAAGGGACGAGCCCUCGGGUUGUGCCAUUACUCUGACCGACAGCCACGUUCAGAGCGCCGGGUUCUGCUAGGUAAUGGAAUCACAGCGGGCUGAGCAGGCUGCACCGCGUCCGUCCAAACAGGAGGCCGUGAAAGACGACCGUUCUGAAUCAUCCCCGAGCCUACAGUGGCAUUCGUAACACGAACGCAGACUUUCCGAAAGAGAAGCCACCCGUCCGAGAGCUCUUCCGAAAGCCAGGCGCUGCGACCCUCCUCGGGGCUCAGAGUCGACGCUCCCGUUUCAAAAUUUCUAAUCGAUUCAGUUUCAAGGUUUAAGUCACUGACCGUGAAUCAGUUUUGCCCAAUAGGAAGCAGAGGGCAGGAGUUAUUAUUUCAGCUUUAUUGAUCAGCUCAAGAGGAGUGUUUGUCCAUAUGACUUAUUUCAUUGAUGUUUUUCCGUCCCAGAAAGUGGUGCAAUCCAGUGGUGAGAACUGGCGCGCCACGAAAAGUUGACGAAAGCUGGCUGAAACAUCAGCAUUUGUUCGUUUAAUUCCUCUUUUAAAAGAAAAAGAAAAAAAAAAAAAUUCUCAAAAUUAUGGCACUCAUCUAAAAUGACACCUCUGCUAUUUAGCGAUACGUGCAUUUAAGCAAAGGGAUGCAACUAAAUUCUAGUCGGCGAAAGCAUUAUUCCUGCAGGUUUCACAGCUCAAAUGUUUUCGGAGCUGUUGCAGUGCGAACGGCGCUCAGCGGGUGGCCGCGGUCUCGCUCAACGGUCCUUCCUUCGCUCUCCAGUUGUAUUACGUCAUACAUACAGUACAGUCUUGCCUUUUAGCCGCAACACUUUGGACUGGAAAUUGUCUUUGUUUUACAUUUUACUUCCAUCAGAAGACCUGUACAGUAUUUUAACAAAGCCAAGGCUUUCAUGUAGUCCAAUCUUUUUCUCAUUAUGAGGUACAUACAUAUAUACAGUAUAUAUACCGUAUGUACACAUGUAUGUGGGUCACAGCCUUACUGGGACUUGAACAAGCAACCUUCCUGCCAUUAGGCCUAUAGGUUCAACAGUGGGCUGCCCCGUUCCUUCGAGUGGAAAGUUCAAAGUAUAACACCAGGAAGCCCCCCCCCACAACACCAAAGGCGCCACAGUAAGACGCGGCUGCUUUAAAUUUGCCACCCCCCCCGAACCCUACAUCACUGAACAAGAACUGCUCACCCCUGAGCUCCAUGGGGAGCUCGGUGACCUCAUCACCUUCUCGACAGAAAACGAACGACGCGGCAGGAAGCGGGCCGGAGCGGCUUUCAUAAGAUAUACCAACGUGGCGCUCUCCAACACAAACGUGGUGAAAACAAAUCCUCAGCGACAACUUCACCGAACAAAGUUAUUACACGACAGGAUGUGCAUGUGCUUUAAUGAGCCACUUUUAAUAGCCGUAUCUCAUAAGAACACCAAGUCUACAUAAAACGUGUAAGAAAGGUACAAAACAAAAUUGGUCAAAAUACAGAUUAAAAUUACUGUAAAAAAAUAAAUUCCUAUUU